AUGGAGCUUCAGUUUUGGCCUGAUUUGGUUUCUCUCUUGGAAAAGCUGAACGGCCGGAUGCUCCUGGUGGUUCUGGUCACGUUUCUUUUGAUUAUUGACCUUGUGAAAAAGAGACGUCCCAGGAAUUUCCCUCCAGGGCCACAGCUCUUUCCUCUCGUGGGAACCUUUGUGGACUUUAAGCAGCCCCUCCAUCUUGCGCUGCAGAAGCUCACUGGUCGGUACGGGAACAUCUUCAGCGUGCAGUUCGGAAGUCUGACUUUUGUGGUAGUCAACGGGUACCAGAUGGUGAGAGAAGCUCUUGUCCACCAGGCUGAAAUAUUUACAGAUCGGCCAAAUAUUCCACUCCUCCAAGAAAUAUUUAGAGGCUUUGGGCUCAUAUCAUCAAAUGGGCAUAUAUGGAGGCAACAGAGAAAGUUUGCUUCAGCAACGCUGAAAAGCAUUGCUGUAAGUUUUGAGGAGAAAGUGCAAGAGGAAAGCCGGUACCUUGUGGAGACGAUCGAGGAGGAGAAAGGACAACCAUUUGACCCUCAUUACAAAAUUAAUAGCGCUGUUUCAAACAUCAUCUGUUCCAUAACUUUUGGGAACCGCUUCGACUACCAUGACAACCGUUUCCAGGAAUUACUGCACUCGCUGGCUGAAACGCUGCUGCUCAUCGGAAGUUUCUGGGGCCAGCUGUAUAAUGCUUUUCCUUCGGUCAUGAGGUGGCUACCAGGACCCUUCAGGAAAAUCUUCAGGCAUUGGGAGAAACUUCAAUAUUUUGUGAAGGGAGUGAUCGCAAAGCACAAGGAGGAUUUGGACCAGUCCGAGGCAGGAGAUUAUAUUGACUGUUACCUGAAGGAAAUAGAAAAGGGUGACACCAGCUCAUAUUUCCAUGAGGAAAACCUGCUGUGCUCCACCCUGGACCUCUUCUUAACCGGGACUGAGACAACGGCCACCGCCAUUCGCUGGGCUCUGCUCUACAUGGCCGCGUACCCCCACAUUCAGGAGAAAGUGCAGCUCGAAAUCGACACAGUGAUCGGCCAGUCCCGCCAGCCCGCCAUGGCCGACAAGGAGAACAUGCCGUACACCAACGCGGUGCUGAGCGAGGUCCUGCGGAUGGGCAACGUCGUGCCGCUGGGGGUGCCCAGAAUGUCCACCAGCGACACCACCCUGGCCGGCUUCCACCUGCCCAAAGGCACCACCCUGAUGACCAGCCUGACUUCGAUAAUGUUCGACAAAAACGUGUGGGAGACUCCAGACACCUUUAAUCCUGAACAUUUCCUGGAAAACGGCCAGUACAGGAGGCGGGAGGCUUUCCUACCCUUCUCUGCAGGCAAGCGGGCUUGUCCCGGGGAGCAGCUCGCCAGGACCGAGCUCUUCAUCUUCUUCACAGCCCUCCUGCAGAAGUUCACCUUCCGGGCGCCGGCGGCCGCUGCGCUGACCUUCGCCUUCACGCUCAGCCUCACGCGCUGCCCCAAGCCCUUCCAGAUCCGCGCGCUGCCUCGCGACUGA